AUGCCACCACGUACGGGCACUGUGGUUGGUAUACUUGGCGUCCUUUUGGGCGUCAUUGUAGCCGUUCAACUCGCUUUCAACUUCCAUGGAACCAGUCGGGCCAGCCAAUUCAGUCGUUCAGUACCCCUUCAGUCAACCCGUGCUGAUAAGCCAGCCACUGAGGAUGACAUAUUCAACGUUGGUGUAGGAAAGGCUGAUGUUACUGGACCGGUUGUAGAGAUCACGUUUAUGGGAUUUGCCGAUUCCGAGCAAAAGGGAACUGGUCUUCGUCAGCGCCUCUACUCUCGCGCCUUCAUCAUCGAGAACCCCAACAAGGCUGAUGAUACCUUUAUCUACCUCGUUACCGACCUCGCUGCUGGCGAUACAGCUGUGAGAGAUGGUGUCCUCAAGGGGCUUGCUGCCAUGGGGCCAGAGUAUUCUCGAUACAACUCUAACAAUCUCGCUCUGUCCGGAACUCACUCCCAUGCUGGACCUGGCGCCUGGCUUAACUAUCUGCUACCUCAGAUUCCCAGUGCUGGAUUUGACAAAGCCAGUUACCAAGCCAUCGUCGAUGGUAUUCUCCUCUCUAUCAAGCGAGCUCACGAGGCCAGAACUCCGGCCCGUUUGAGCUUCGAUGUCAAAGACCUUGUCGAUGGAAACAUUAACCGAAGCCCAUUCUCCUACUUGGCGAACCCUGAGGAAGAGAGAAAGCGGUAUCAGUAUGACACCGAUAAGUCACUCAGCCUUAUUAGAUUUGACCGUGCAUCGGAUGACAAGACCAUUGGUAUUUUGACCUUCUACUCCGUUCAUGGAACUUCUCUCUACGGAAACAACACACUUGUUGCAGGUGACAACAAGGGCGUCGCAGCCUACCUUUUCGAAAGAGCUGCCAAGGGUGAUGACCGAUUUGCCGACGGCUUCGUUGCCGGAUUCUCCCAGUCUUCCGUUGGAGACACGUCUCCUAACACCUUGGGCCCCUUCUGCGAGGAUACUGGCCUAGACUGCAAAUUUGAAGACAGUACUUGCGGAGGCAGCACCGCCAAAUGCCAUGGACGCGGCCCCUUCUUCCGCGAGCUCGACCAAGGAACUAAGAGUUGCUUUGAAAUAGGUCGUCGUCAAUACAACACUGCCAAGGGAAUUUACGACAGCAUGGAUACUUCUGCAAAGAGAAUUAGAGAUAAUUCUGCCGUCAAGGCUUUCCAUGUCUACCAAGACUUUGAUGGAUACACAUUCCAAUCUCCAUUUAACCCUCGAAAGACUUUGACCACUUGCUCAGCGGCUUUGGGCUACUCUUUCGCCGGAGGUACUACCGACGGGCCCGGAAGAUUCGACUUCACUCAAAACGGCACUGAUUCCCCCAGCACAAGGAACCCCAUCUGGAAAAUUGCCAGAGAUUUCAUUCAUCCUCCAUCCAAGGAACAAAUUGCCUGCCAGAAACCCAAGAAAAUCCUCCUUGAUAUCGGUGAUCUGACGUUCCCCUAUGCCUGGGCUGCCAACAUUAUUGAUAUCCAGGUCCUGCGUGCUGGCCCCUUGUUCAUUAUCGUUGCCACUCCUGAAGUCUCUACCAUGUCUGGACGCCGCUGGAAACAGGCACUUGCAAACCAAGCCAAGGAUAUUUUGGGCGUCAGCAACCCUCUCGUCGUAUUGGGUGCGCCGUCAAACACUUAUGCCCACUAUGUCACAACAGAGGAAGAAUACGGUGUCCAACGUUACGAGGGUGGCUCUACACUCCACGGUCCGAAUACCCUUGCUGCUCAUGUCAACCUCACCCUUACCUACCUCCCCUUCCUUUCCGCAAGCUCCAAUAAUCACCCCGCCCCUGGCCCGUACCCACCAAUCAACACCGACAAAUCCCUCAGCUUCAUCACUGGUGUGGUUCAUGACAACCCCCCGAUCGGCAAGAAGUUCGGCGAUGUUCUUAGCAGCCCUGAGAUGGGUAAGACCUUCCGUCCUGGCGACACCGUCAAGACUACUUUCGUCGGCGCCAACCCUCGCAACAACUUCAGACUGGAGAAGACCUUUACUGCCGUUGAACGCCAGGUCCCUAACACUAAUAAAUGGGAAGUUGUCCGUGAUGAUGCCGACUGGAACCUGGUAUACCGCUGGCUGCGCAAGCGUCCAAUCAUUGGAACCAGCGAGGUCACUGUUGAAUGGAAUAUUGAAGACGAUUACUACUCCACCGGCAACAACAAGAAGCUGGAGAGCGGGACUUAUCGCCUCCGUUAUUACGGUGAUUCGAAGGCUCCAGUCACUGGGACGAUCACUGCUUUCGAAGGCAUUGGACCCGCCUUCAAGGUUGAGGUAUAA